AUGUGUUCGCAGAUGUUCCUGGAGUGCUUGGGACGGUUCAUGUGCGGUAUAUCGGUGGGCGCGACCACCGUGGCCGUGCCGCUUUACGCCAGCGAGGUGUCGUCGGACAUGUUGCGUGGCCGCACGGGGGUGUUUCUGGACUUCAUGCUGUGCGCCGGCAUACUGUACGGCUACGUGGCCAGGACGGUGUUGCUGGGAGUGCGACAGUUCUGUCUGGCGUGUACCGCCGUGCCGAUUAUGUUUGUCGUGCUGUUCUCGUACAUGCCCGAGUCGCCCGUCUACCUGUACAACGUCGGCCGGUAUGAACAAGCGGCAUCGGAGCUGAGAUGGUUAAGGGGCAGGCGGUUCAAUGUCAAAAAUGAGUUCGAUAAAAUAGAGACAUCCAAGUGCCACGACGAUGAGUUGUUUGAACGUGGUGGAAAUAUGAGUGCCGAAAACAAAAAAUUUUUAACUAGAGUGACGGUCAUUUCUUUUGGCCUGGUGCUCGUACAACGAAUGUCCGGCGCCGGUGGUGUGAUCCAAUACUCUUCCACAUUAUUCAAAAUAUCCGGAUCCACCAUCGACCCGAACACUGCGUGCAUCAUAGUGGGUACAUUCCAACUAAUCGCUUCCGGAGUGUCGUUCCUGUUCAUCGACAAGGUCGGGCGGAGGACUCUGUUGUUGAUUUCGUCCGCGAUCAUUACCGCAUGUCUCGUUCUUUUGGUUGCUUACUUCAGCCUCAUAGAAAACAGUGAGUAA